GCUGGACCAUUAACCAAAGUGACGAUUUGUAAGGACAAAGAAGGAAAACCUAAGUCUUUUGGAUUUGUCUGCUUUAAGCACAAAGAAUCAGUGCCUUAUGCAAUAGCUUUGCUGAAUGGAAUCCGUUUGUAUGGCAGACCAAUUAAAGUGCAGUAUCGGUUUGGGAGUUCUCACUCGUCAGAACUAAACAGCCCUACACAUGGUUUUGAGAACUACAUUGACUUAUAUUCACCUUCAUAUAGGUAUCAAGAGCCUUACGGAAAUCCUCCAUUUCCUGUUACUCCUUUUCCAAUGAACAAUAGUUUACCUCAUGAAUACUUAGGCUUUCAAAAGAUGAUGAACCAUUUUUUAGCACAGCAGUACACAGUACAGAGUCCAAUGGGUCAGCAAUUUCCUUGCUAUCAGAUGACUCCACCACUGCCUUCAAACGUAUCCUUUUCUCCCUAUCAGAAUCAAGCUGCAAACUUUAAUUCUGCACAGAGCUCUUUUGAAUUGGCCCUGCCACAUUCAAGUGACUGUGAAGUGCACCAAGUGGAUGAAAGCACCUCCAAAAGAAAGAGAGAACAGAGAAGUUGUGACAGUGACACUAGUAAUGAGGAGGACAAAAUGAGACAAAGAGAGCGUGACCAAAAAUACAAGAGGCGCAAAGCCAAGAAAAAGAUGCAUUAA